GGAAUAGAGUGGGCGCAGCCAUGUUGUUUACCCUAUCGACAGCUAUAGUUCGCGGUAAUUUGGUCAUCGUCCGGCGAAUCACCUGGACCCAUCAUUUUCAUGUGUAUUCAUACACUUACCUCCGAGCCUACGUUCGCAGACGGAGGCGAGGUGUUCCGAUUGGCUUAGAAUCGUACAUCAUUCCGAACACCCUAAAAUGAUAGAUUCGUGCUGACGUGAUCGAUAUCUCGCCACACUGCGGUCGGAUUUGAAGCACCUGAUAUCGUCUACCCAGAUACAACAGUACUGUCAGCUGUACUAACACCAAUGGCCAACAACACGACACCAAAGACCGCCCUUAUUGUUUACGCACACCAUGAACCAAAGUCAUUUAAUGCAGCAUUGAGGGACACCGCAGUGGACGCCCUGAAGAAGUCUGGGUAUACUGUUGAGAUAUCCGAUCUGUACGCACAGAGAUUCGACCCCCGGGCCACCAAAGAUGACUUCACAGGUUCCUUGUCCAACCCAGAUCAUCUUGAGUACCAUUUAGAGGCUAAACAUGCCUAUCAGACGUCCACCAUGUGUGCGGAGACAAAAGCUGAGGUUGACAAAGUCCGUCGUGCUCACGUCAUCGUGUUUCAGUUUCCAAUGUACUGGUUUUCAGUUCCUGCCAUUCUGAAGGGCUGGUUCGACAAGGUCCUUGUUGCCGGGUUCGCCUUCCAAUUUCCUAAUGAUAUUCACGACAACGGUCUGAUGAAAGGGAAAAAGGCCAUCAUCUCCAUGACAACAGGAGGAACUGAGACGAUGUUUACGGACCGCGGAGUUCAUGGUGACAUCGACAUAGUAUUAUGGCCGAUACAGUAUGGCACGCUGCGAUUCUGUGGAUUUGAAGUAAUGAAACCACACAUUACAUUCUGUCCUGCUUAUUCGCCCAAGAUUAAAAGGAAAGAACUUCUGACGGAGUGGAGUAAACGACUACAAGGCUUGCACAAAGAAACUCCACAAAGCUUCAUCUCUAUAAAGAACUUUGAUCCGGAGAAAUGGCUGGUCAUGAGGGAGGAGUAUAUACAGGGGGAAGCAAACAAAGACAUAGCUUCAUCCAUCGGACACCAUCUUGGAAAGAGAUUACCUUCUGGAAAAUAAAACAAUGACAAACUUCCUUACAUUUCAAUAAUAUACACAUAUUUAUUGCAUUUUCGCCAGUGAGUUAUAGAAAUUUAUCAAACUAAUAAAGAUAAGAUUUUGCAGUGAAAAUAUGAGAUUUUGCAGUGAAAAUAUGAGAUUUUGCAGUGAAAAUAUAAGAUUUUGCAAUGAAAAUAUGUUUUUCGUUUUUUUACCAAUCAGAGCGAACCUUUGUAUUCACCUCAUUGGAACAUGCCGUAUGACAGAAUAUUUCGAUAUUCUGCCAUACUCGUGAAAUAUAUGUUAUAUUAAACGGGAAACCAUCCAAUAUCCUCUAUAUCUACAAUGUUACACAAUUACAGCCUUUUGAAGAUGACUUUUUAUUCAGAAUUACGUGAUAUUUUUGAGCAAAUAAGGAAAUGUGAAAUAUAUUUUAUGAUAAUCCCCUAUGUCAUUUUAUACAUUAUAUAUACGUUAAUUAUACAUGUCAUUCAAAAUCAAUAAAAUGAGACUGAAAUACGAACAUAAAUGUAGAUUUUCAUGGAGAGGCUUAAAACAUAACAUGAUAAUAAGAAGAGGUGUUUAAUAGUCAAUUUACACAGCGGGACAUAGUUAAAACAUAAUUCAUUUUUUGAUUUGUGGAAUGUUGUGUGUCUACAUUAUAACAGGGAAGGGUCUACCCAAAUCGAACUUCUGUGUAAUGUAUGUUAGGCCUUCUAUGGGAUCAAGAAAAUAAGAAAAUUCACGUGGAUAACCUUGUUUGAAGUGUAUUAUUUAACUCUUUUGUUUUAAUUAUGGGUAUGGAAAAUUAACAAUAUAAUAAAACUAAUAUACAGCACAGACUUGCCGAAAUGUUUCUACCGAGGUAUGGCAUUGCAAAACUAUCAAUAUUGAUUAAAUGACUUUUAACUGGA